AUGAAAGAAAAUCAAAGAAAGGUAGAACUAUUAGCAAGAGCAUCAGCUCUAAAGGAGCAAAGAAAAUUAAAAGAAGCAAAGUUAAGUCUUCAAAUGAAAGAGAAGGAAUUUGAAAUUAAAACUGAAUUACAAGUGAGUGAUGCGCGGACUAAGGUUUUAGAAGACUUAGAAAGAAGCAUGGUGGAUGACCAAUUGCUGGAGGACAAUAUUAAGUUUACCGACCACAAAAUAAAGCAAGAACCACCUAUGGAAUCUCACAUCAUUCAAAAUAAGUAUGUACUAAAUCCAAAUUCUCCUGUGUGGAUUCCAGAACGUUGUGUAUCUACUGCUACUGAGCAAGGUGAAAUCAAAGAUGAUGAAUCAUUCAGUGAACAUGACUUGCAUCAACAUAAUGUAAACAAUGAUGUUAAGAUAGAUAAGGCACAAACUGUUUCACGGUUAGUCAAUGUUCAGCCAGGGAUUAAUGAAAUACCUGUUCUACAAACAUCCAGCAUAGUGAAUUCACUGAAUCGCGACAUGAACUCUGUAUCGAAAAUAAUGAAUAAACCAAAGGCUGAAAUCCAAUGUUUUAAAGGCAAUCCAAUCGAAUACAGCACUUUCCUUAGACAAUUUAACGCUAGAGUUUGUGCAUACACAGAUUCAUACGAGGAACGUCUGAACUUUCUAUUGCAAUAUACAGAAGAUGAAGCGCAUAAAAUCGUUCUUGGGUACUCUCAUAUGAACUCUGAAAGUGGAUACAAGGCAGCUUUAGCCGAGUUUCAUGAGCGGUACGGAGACCCGGACAUAAUAGCAAGAGCAUACGUGAAAAGGGCACUUGAGUGGUCUCCAAUCAGACCGGAAAAAGCACAAGAUUUGGAUAAGUUUGGAAUAUUUUUGAGGGAAUGUCAGUUUGCUGUGGAAAGUUUAGAUUCAGUGAGGGUUUUAGAAUACUCCGAAAACUUAAGGCUGCUGGUGCAAAAACUGCCGUAUUAUUUACAUGAAAGGUGGAGGAAUAUAGUGUAUGACAUUAAGAGUAAAAGGGAAGUGGUAAGAUUUGAGCAUUUGGUUGACUUUGUUAGAAAGGAGGCAAAAAAGGCCACGGAUCCAAUUUAUGGUAAAGAAGUACUAAAUACAUCUAAAAACAUCAACUCACAGGAUAAACAGUCAUCAUCUACAAGAGUAAACAGGCCUUACGGAACGCGCAAAACGCUCAUUACUAGUGUUUCAGACAGCGGUGUGAAAGAAAGGCAUCACAAUGAACGCGAAGCAGAGAGCCGGUAUAAACCUGGUUCGGCAUUUAUAAAGCCAUGUUUGUUUUGUCAAGGAUCUCACGAGCUAGAAAAUUGCAAGGAAAUAACAAAAUUACCCUUGAAAGAGAGGUAUGCCUUUCUAAGAGACAAAGGUUUAUGUUUUGCCUGCUUGAGGUCAGGACAUCAAAAAUUAAAUUGUAAAAGGAAAGCAAACUGUAAGACUUGUACCAAGCUUCACCUGACAAUAUUACAUGUCGAACCGCAUCAGGACUCUCCUAUCAAUACAAAAGCAACUGCAACUCAUACGGGGGCUGGAAGUAAAAUACAUCAAGCUUUGCCAAUUGUGCCUGUUCGCCUAAAAGUAAAAAACAGCUACAAGUAUGUUGAAACUUAUGCAUUUUUGGACUCGGGGAGUACAGCAUCCUUCUGUACAGAAAGAUUGAUAAGUAAACUGAAUGUUCAAGGAAAACGGAAAAGAAUAAACUUGGUUACUAUGGGUCAAGAAAGCGUUCAAAGUACACAUGAAAUCACUGGACUGGAAAUCAGUGCAUUAAAUGGGGAAAACACCAUCGAGCUUGGUCCAGUAUUCACACGGAAAUGUUUACCAGUGUCAAAAAGGGACAUAGUGUCAAUCGAAAGUGUUCAGGAAUGGUCGCAUUUGAAAGACUUACCAUUGCAGAGAAUUAAUAGUGACAUUGAUCUAUUAAUUGGUAUUAACGUUCCAAGGGCAAUGGAACCAUGGGAAGUAAUUCCAAGCGUAAACGGCGGACCAUUUGCAGUAAAAACAUCCUGUGGCUGGGUGAUAAAUGGACCUUUGGGCUCUAACACAGAAAAAGACAAUGAGUUGGUGACGUCGAAUUUUACUAGAAUCGAGUCCAGACCAGACUUGGAAAAACAAGUCCUCAACCAGUUCAAUCACGACUUUAACGAACGCGCUAUCGACGACAAGCUUGAGCCUUCAGUGGAGGAUCAACGAUUCCUCGAAUUUGUGUCAGAAUCUAUUAGUUUGAAAGAUGGACAUUAUACAGUGAAUUUGCCAUUUAAGAAUUCUGAUGUUGCUAUGCCGAACAAUCGAAAACAGGCUGAGCAAAGACUGAUAUUAUUAGCUAAGCGAUUUAAGCGAGACACCAAAUUUUAUACGCAAUAUCAGGACUUCAUGAGCAAGGUUUUGAGAGAAGGGUAUGCGGAAAGGGUUCCCAGGAAACAUCUACAACAGACUGACUGUCGCGUUUGGUAUCUGCCCCAUCAUGGUGUAUACCACCCUAAAAAGGAAAAACUGAGAGUAGUGUUCGACUGUGCGGCAAGAUUUCACGGCACAUCACUUAACGACCAAUUACUGCAGGGACCAAAUCUCACAAAUACACUUUCAGGUACGCUUCUUAAGUUUCGUCAAGAAGAAAUAGCCAUAAUGGGAGACAUAGACAGCAUGUUCUAUCAAGUGCUAGUACCAGUAGAAGAUAGAAGCUUUUUAAGAUUUCUAUGGUGGGAAGAGGGAGACACAAGUAAGCCUAUAAUUGAGUAUCAGAUGACCGUCCAUUUAUUUGGCUCGACCUCUUCGCCAAGCUGCGCAAACUAUGCGUUAAAAAAAACCGCUACGGAUUGUCGGGGACAGUUCAACGACAAUGUGAUAAACACAGUUCUGAAUAAUUUCUACGUUGACGACUGCUUGAAGUCUGUUUCGUCAAGCGAAAGUGCAAUCUCCUUGCUUCACGAUCUGAAGGUUCUAUUAAGGCAGGGAGGUUUCAACAUCUCCAAAUGGAUAAGUAACAGUAAAGAAGUAAUGAAUUCAAUACCCAUCACAGAAAGAGCUGCCCUUGCCAAGGAUUUAGACCUAGAUCAAGACAGUUUACCUAUUGACAGAGCUUUGGGCUUAAGCUGGUGUGCAGAAACAGACACAUUUCGCUUUGUCUUAGCGAUCAAAGACCAGCCGCUUACUCGACGAGGCAUUCUAUCAGUGGUUAGUAGCGUGUUCGAUCCUCUCGGGUUCUUAGCUCCGGUUAUGCUAAAUGCCAAACUAUUACUACAGGAGCUUUGUAGGUUACAGUUAGGUUGGGAUGAUCCAGUACCACCGAAAUUUGCUGAGCAAUGGCGCAUGAUACUGUGCGAUAUUCAAAAGGUGUCCGAGUUUAAAGUGAACAGAUGUUUCAAGUUCCCUGGGUUUGGUGAUAUCAAGCACACAGAACUACACCAUUUUUCCGAUGCUAGUGAAAGUGGCUAUGGCAUAGUCUCAUACUUGCGCAUGACGAACACGGAAGAUAAAGUUCAAUGUUCAUUUGUCAUUGGUAAAUCUCGGGUAGCGCCUCUGAAGAAGGUCACUGUACCACGUUUGGAGCUGACAGCAGCAACAGUAGCGGUACGUACAAACAAAAUGCUGAAAGAUGAGCUAGAAAUGAAAAUUGAUAGGUCAGUGUUUUGGACAGAUAGCAUGUCAGUAUUACGGUAUGUGCGAAAUACGACUUCUAGGUUUCACACAUUUGUAGCCAACAGACUGAUGAUAAUACAUGAAGGCUCAAACGUCAGUGAUUGGCGCUAUAUUAACACCAAGUUGAAUCCAGCAGACAUUGCUUCAAGAGGACUUCCUGUGGAAAACUCACUUUGGGGAGAAAGGUGGAUUGAAGCACCUAAAUUCUUGGAAAUGACGGAAGAAAACUGGCCAUCACUGCGGGAGAAUAACUUCGAGCUCCGAGAUGACGAUCCCGAAGUGAAGAAAGUAAAAGCAAACCUCACUUGCGUAAAGAGUGAAGAUGGUAGUAAAUUAGAGAAUGCGGGAACGGAGAAGUUGAUAAACUACUAUUCGUCCUGGUACAAGUUAAGAAAAGGCGUUGCUUGGAUCUUGAAAUAUCGAAAUGAGCUUCGUAAGCGUGUACAUCAACAGGGUCAAAAAGGGGUUGUUGAACCAGAAGAGUCAGCCAGACUGUCAGUUGAUGAUUUACUAGAAGCUGAAAAGGCUAUUGUGAUGUACACACAGAGGACUGUCUUCAAAGAAGAAAUUGAAUUGCUGAAGAAAGGUCAUCACGUGAGUCGAAAAAGUAGUAUCAGAAAACUUGACCCCUAUCUUGAUGGUGGAUUGUUGCGGGUUGGAGGGCGUUUGCAUGAAUCUAGUUUACCUGCAGAAAGUAAACAUCCGAUAAUCUUGCCAAAGGGUCAUCGCUUGUCGACAUUGAUACUUCAAAAUAUUCACCACAACUUGAAACACAGCGGUAGAAACCACAUGCUCUCUGUCCUGAGACAAAAUUACUGGUUGAUUAAUGCGCCCUCAGCUAUAAGGAGCAUUAUUUCAAAGUGCGUUGUGUGUCGUAGACAGAAAUCCCAGGUUGGAGAACAGAAAAUGUCAAAUUUACCAAAGGAUCGUGUAAAACCAGACGAACCUCCAUUUACUAGAGUGGGCGUGGACUACUUUGGGCCGUUUGAGGUGAAAUUGAGGCGGAGCCGUGUCAAACGUUAUGGCGUGAUCUUCACCUGCUUAGCAAGUAGGGCGGUUCAUAUAGAAGUGGCAUACUCACUGGACACUAGUUCUUAUAUCAAUGCAUUGCGUAGGUUCAUAGCUCGCAGAGGUCAGGUUUCCAAAAUGCGCUCAGACAAUGGUACGAACUUUGUUGGUGCUGAACGAGAACUGAGAAAAUCAAUAUCUGAAUGGAAUGUUGCGCAGAUUCACGAGGAGAUGUUACAAAGGGGUAUAGAUUGGCAGUUCAACCCCCCGGCUGGAUCUCACCACGGUGGUGUUUGGGAAAGACUCAUAAGAUCUGUAAGAAGUGCCAUGAACAGUACUUUGAAAGAACAAAUUCUUGAUGACGAAGGUCUUCAGACGCUCAUGUGCGAAAUUGAAACCGUUCUUAAUGGCCGUCCAAUUACAAGGAUUUCAGAUCAAUUCGGCGACUUAGAAGCACUCACUCCUAAUCAUUUACUGACAUUAAAACGACUACCAAACUUACCUCCAGGGAUUUUCGAAAAGUCAGAUAAUUAUAGCUUACGUCGGUGGAGGCAGGUACAAUACAUGGCGGAACUGUUCUGGAAAAGGUGGUCUAAGGAGUAUUUACCGCUUCUUCAAGAGCGGCAAAAGUGGCAUGAUGUGAAGAGAAACUUAAAAACUGGAGACAUAGUGUUGAUUGUUGACGCGAGUGCACCGAGAAAUUCAUGGCCUAUGGGAAUAGUUAAAGAGACAAUACCAGACAAAAACGGAUUAGUGCGACAAGUAAAGGUUAAAACUGCGACAAACGUUUUGGUUCGUCCGGUUGACAAGUUGUGUGUCCUUUUAGAAAUGGAUGAAUAA